CCCGCACGCCCGGCUCACUUCGGCAUUGGCCUGAUCCCCGUCCGCCCUGUGACCUCCGAUACUUCAAAUCCGACCCUCCCAUCGUCAGUCCGGCGUUAGAUAGACGGCCAGCGAUCGAUUGCUGCAGCGCAGAGGUUUUUGAUCUCCCAUUCUUCACACCACACUCCUGUCCUCACCCGCUUUUCCCUCGAACAUGUGAGCAUAAGCAGAAUGCGUCCCUCAGAGUCUGACAGCAACCCGGCUCCGACCAACCCCCUCUUUCCCAAAGGCAACCAACGACAAUCUCUCCCCUCCCCCCUGUCCUAUAACCCUCCACUCAAGUCACUUGCCCAUGUACCCGCUACAGAUAUGUCGCUUUAAGCACCACCCCUGCCGGGAAAUUCUUCAGCAAAGUACAUCAUCCCCGAUAACCGAGUCAUGUCAUCUGGAAAUCCUCCCCCAUCUGGCUCCUCGAGACCCUCUCCGUCCCUCUCGCCACGGGAAGCACCGUAGAUCCUCCCUCCACCCUGCCCGCACCCGCACCCGCCAUCGGCCGGCGGCUGGCGGCCGCCGCCCGACUACGCCCUUCGCCUCACAUUUUGUACGUAUACCGCACCUCGCCUGCCUGCCGGGAUGACCAUGCUGCCCACCCGUCUACUCUCCCCUCCCAUCUCCACUCCCGCCUCCUGUGCUGACUGCCCACCACCCCCGAGGCAGCGCGGCGCUGUUGAUUCUUCAGCGCGGCGUCGCGUCGGAGUCAGAGCCAACGGAGACGAUGCAUUGCUGCCAGACCAAGCAGGCACCGGCUUUCCCACGUGGGAUCGAAACGUACGCACUCAAAGGGCCGCGAAAACCGAGUCAGUGCGCCGCCUCGGCUGUCUGCGCUCGUGCGAAUUAGACUGCUUCGAGAAGGUACAAAGGUCCGGGAUGACCAUCUAUCCGUAG